AUGGCUGAGCCGUGGUCCUCCCACACUUCGGAGGAGAUCGUUGACACCGAGGAGCCCAAAGAAUCCGAGUGCAAGAGCCCAGAGCAGAAGACGCCAAAGCAGAAGACGCCCAAGCUGAAGACACCCAUAAGCCAUCGCCGCCGCCGCCCAGCAGACGACUUCGCCAGUUUCGCCACUUACUUCCGCAGGGUGCUGAAGCGGGUGCACACAGGCCUGAGCCUCUCGCAGGAGGCUGUGAGCGUCAUGGAUUCGAUCGUUAAGGACAUCUUCGAGCGCAUCGCCAGCGAGGCCGCGCGCCUGGCCCGCUCUAACAAGAGCCUCACCGUCACCUCCAGAGAGAUCCAGACCUCGGUGUUCCAGCUGCUGCCCGGGGAGAUCGGCGAGUACGCCAUGUACGAGGGCACCAAGGCUGUCAUCAGGUACACCAUGUGCGAAUGA